AUGUUUGCUUCGCGACUAGCCACCCGCAACGCCUCGCGGUUCGCUGCGCAGCUGCGCGCCCCUGCUCAGCGCCGCCUUGCCAGCACCUCGGCCGAGAACGAGUUCAUCAAGGAACGCCAGCACAUCAAGGAGCACGCCAAGGAGACCACUGAGCUAUGGAAGAAGAUUUCCAUCUACGGUGUUAUUCCUUGCCUGGCCCUGGCUGGUGCCAACGCCUGGUAUCUCUGGAAGGAGCAUUGGGAGCACUGGAGCCACAUGCCUCCUCUGGAGGAGCGCACUGAGUACCCCUACCAGAACAUCCGCACCAAGAACUAUCAGUGGGGAGAUGGUGACAAGACUCUGUUGUAA